AGAAGCAAGUCCUGAUGGCCCUUGGGGAAGAACAAAGGAAGACAAACAUGGCACAUGCUGUGCAGGGGGAUACUGGUCUCAAAGGGAUUGCAGGAAUUCCUGGUUGGCCUGGCUUUGCUGUUCCCCCUGGAGUUACUGGUCAUAUAAGGCUAGCAGGAACUCCUGGAUUGAAGGGGAAUGUUGGUGUUCCAGGCAUUAAGGGUCAAGAAGGUAACAAGGGUGAGAAAGGAGUUAAAGGACCAAAAGGAAGUGUAAGUAAAAACACCUUUUACCCUCUUGCUGUUAUGUCUUUAUCUCAGGAUGAUACUUAUACUGUGCUCAUCAAAGCUGUAUGCUAUUUCAGUUUUUCAUAGCAAAUUUGUAAUAAAGCCAGCAAGAACAAAUUAUAAUAGAUCAAAUGCCAUUCUAACAAAUCUUCACUUACGAAGUGUUACUAAAAGUCAAUUUUUUAUUUUAGGUUGGAGAUAAAGAGCCAACAGGACCAAAGGGAAUUACUGGUAAAAUAAUUCCCCAGGAGAGACU